AUGCUGGGAAAAUUGGCGGAAAAAUUAAUUUCAAAGGUACCUGACAUAGUUAAUAUUAUGCUGGGAGAAUUGGUGGAAAAAUUAAUUUUAAAGGUACCUUUGUCAAACAACACUAUUAGUCGAAGAAUCCAUCAUAUAGCUCUAGAUCUCAAUGACCAAUUAAUAGAGAAAAUGAAAGGCAUGGAAUUUGGUCUGCAACUUGAUGAGGCUAUUGACAGUAACAAAGAUGCACAUCUUAUUUGUUAUGUACACUUCCUGGAUGAUGAUAAUAUCAUUGAAGACCUCCUGUUCUGCAAAAGCGUCAUUGGAAGAGCAAAGGCUCAAGACUUAUUUGAGAUGCUUGACAAGUUUAUAACUGAAAAUGAUUUGAAUUGGGAAAAGUGCAUCAGUAUAUGUACUGAUGGAGCUCGAUCUAUGUCUGGUUGCUAUGGAGGAUUGUAG